GGAGUUGAGGAAAUAGAAACUAGUGUAAGAUAAUAGUAUUUAAAACAUACUAAAUAGAUCAGCUAUUGUAUUAUUGUAUAUAUAUAUAUACUGAAGAUACACGGUUUGUGCUUUCAUACAAGGCCGACAGUUCUGACCAACUGUUGAUUGAUAGAGAGAGGGCAGUGGACGUGAAAACUCACUUGCUACAAUAUGGAGAAUACAAAAAAUGUUGUCAUUGUCGGAGCUGGACUGGUUGGUUCACUGAAUGCUUGUUAUUUAGCUAAACGUGGAUUUAAUGUCAAGGUUUAUGAAAGACGACCAGAUAUAAGAACACAACAACAUGUGAAGGGUCGAAGUAUUAAUUUAGCGUUAUCAUGUCGAGGGCGGGAAGCGUUGAAGAUGGUUGGUUUAGAAGAAACGGUUGUACAUAAUGGUAUACCAAUGAGAGCAAGAAUGAUCCAUGAUCUAGAUGGAAAACGGCAUCCCAUACCUUAUGGGGAAAAAGACCAGUAUAUAAUGUCUGUUGACAGAAGAAAUCUCAACGAACUUUUAUUAAAUGCUGCUGAAAAACACGACAAUAUUGAAUUUGUCUUUGAACAUAAAUUAGUGAGAUGUAAUUUUGAAAGUGGUCAAGCUGAAUUUGAAGGUCCUGAUAAGAGUAUUAAAACAGAAACAGCUGAUUUGUUUAUUGGAUGUGAUGGAGCAUUUUCAUCUCUGCGUAAUUUGAUGAUGAGAGCAACAAGAUUGAAUUAUCAACAGGAAUACAUACCACAUGGUUACAUAGAAUUAACAAUACAGCCUACUAACAAUGAGUUUGCCAUGGAAGUAAAUUAUCUUCAUAUCUGGCCAAGGAAUGAAUAUAUGAUGAUAGCAUUACCAAACCAAGACAAGACAUACACAACAACAUUAUUUAUGCCGUUUAAGGUUUUUGAAUCACUGCAGACAGAAGAUGACAUCAUUGAAUUCUUCAAAGAAAACUAUCCUGAUGCAGUGCCUUUAUUGGGAGAGGGCCAUAUUAAACAGACACUAAUAACAACUAAAGCUCAAUCAUUAAUCUCUGUCAAGUGUUAUCCAUACCAUAUUGGUAGUAAUUGGUUAAUAAUGGGAGAUGCAGCUCAUGCUAUGGUGCCUUUUUAUGGACAGGGAAUGAAUGCUGGAUUUGAGGAUUGUAUUGUUUUAGAUGAAUUGAUGAAUAAAUAUGACCUUGAUUUUAGCCAAGUUUUACCAGCUUAUACUGAGAAGAGACAUACAGAUGCUACUGCUAUCUGUGAUUUAGCCAUGUACAAUUAUAUUGAGAUGAGAUCUGCUGUGAAUUCCAAAUUAUUUUUAUUAAGGAAAAAAAUGGAUAAUUUUUUACAAAAACUCUUCCCCAAUUCUUGGAUACCACUAUAUACAAUGGUUUCCUUUACUCGAACAAGGUAUCAUGAAUGUGUGGCAAGAAGAGCUAAACAAGAUAAGAUUAUUCAGUAUUGUGGUUAUAUUUUUUUGUUAUUGGCAACUGGUGGUGUGGUUGUAAUGGUAAAGGGCGUGGGAACAGACCACAUUUUAACUACGGUUACUGACAGAUUUUCUCAGCUUUAUUCAUACAUAGAGACAACUCUCCAUAAAUUUAUUUUAUAGUUUUAAUAAUAAUGGGAAUCAGUGUUAUUAAACAAUAAUAUAAUGAUUUGAUGUUAUUAAUGCUAAAAUGUUAAAUAUCACAAAUUUACAACACAACAAUGUUUGAUAUAUUAAGACUUCCAAAGGUAAUUGAAAAUAAGUUUUUCAGUAUUAACACCUUGUACAGUAGAUCCAAGAAUGGAGCAGUACUAGAUUCAACAAGAAUGUAAAUGCUCUUCGUUCCAUGCACUGGUAUUCAUACAGAACAACAAUUAUGCAUGAUAAUGUCAACUUUUCCUACAGAUACUAAUGUUUCUUAUAGAAAUGCCUUGUCUCAGGAAUGAUUGACUGGAUUUGGGAAAGGGUUUUUUUAUAAGCAAUAUUUUUAUUCAGAUUUGUAUCUGAACAGGGAUUGGGGAACAGGCAUAGCCUAUAUUAAACCCUUCUCACUGUCAGAUAUAGAUACGUGUAUUUACAUAAAGAAACAAACAAUGUACAGUACUGGCCAAAUUAAUAGCAAUUUUUUCUAAAAACGUUGCAGAAUUAACUCACUAAAAUUGAAGUAUGAAUAAAAUCAUACACCGUGAAUAUAUUGAACUGAAUAUUUUUACACAUAACCAUAUUGACAUCUACUUCACAUUGCAUGGUUGGUUGACGCAAAGCCGUGUAUAGAUAAAGUUGCGACAACUGUGAAGCCAGGAAUUUAUGACGUCAAGUGUACAAAGACGCCAUCUUGGGUCCCGAGUAACUCUACCAACUUAUCUAUUUAUAUGCCCUAUUGUUAUUGUUGGAUGUCAUAGAUUUCAGCGAAUAAGUGUCUAUAGGACAUAAAACAUACAUUUUUUAAACGAAAAGUAUAGCUGAACAUACUAUUAUAGCCUUAUUCUAUAAGAAAAAUCAAAAUAAAAGAUACACUAGAUAAAAUUGCUAUUAAACAUAUUUAACUUGCAUUCGCUUUUAAAGGAGCUAAAUCGCUAAUAUUUGGGACUAGAAAUUGUCACAAAUGGGUCGCACUAACAUCGGUGAUACGUCUGGUGUCAUGUGAAUGCAACAACAGCCUGGGUGAUUGAUUUGUUGAUUGGAGUUCAGAUGUCUUCAUUAAAAUGGACCACUUUUAGGUUGCCGUAUUCGCGGCCUGGCAAGACCGGCUUGAAAUUUCUAGAAAUUUUCUGGGGGAGACAGGCCCCAACAAAUCCCCCGACGGUGCGUUUCACGACUUCGGCACUCGACGGUGACCUUGAAGAGACGUCGAAAACCAUUUAAAAGACAUAGUAAAAGUCAUAUCUUACGAGAUUAUCGCUGGUCUUGUCGGAAAAUGCUAUUUUAAAUUUAAGACAGUCAUUUUGAAAGUAAUGGCCGUCGCCAUACAUGUGACAAAUACAUUUUUUGUUUUUUGUCAAAUUCGCCUCUAUGACCAGUUUGUGUUUGAAAAAUUUAAAAAGAAAUUAUUUAUUCCCCCACCACUAAAACACACUGAUUACAAAAUAUCGCUCUCAGAAACUUCAUGGUUUCUUUUGCAAUUUGUUUGGGGUAAGACGUUAAUACUCCCCACCUAUGUAUAAAUAAUAUCAAUCUAUCUACCACGAUACAAAUGCAUGUUAUUCCAGGGCCUCCUUUGAAGGGACUCAGUGAAGGGAACGCGGUUGGUUUAGAGUUUGUCUGACCCCUUUGAAUAUUUGCGUCUCAUCUCCAAUGAAAACAAUCAUGUUGCUCUCAUGCUGUUCUCAACCAGAAUCAAAUAUAUAUCGUACCUGAGAUUUGUUAGCAUAUUGUUCCACACAACCCAACAUUUAUCGGCACUGGGAUUAAGGGUAUAUAUCUUUGUUUCUAACGCCUAUUGGGAAUACGCCACGGAAACUACAAUAAAAACUUAUUUACAAAAAAUUCUAAAGAGUGAAAACUGACAUAUUUCAAGCUUUACUGUAUUUAAAGAAAUAAUUUAAAUCAGCCGGCUGAAACCCCGUCUCCGCUAUUUGUUUAAUCAUUCUUUAGGUAUAGUGCCAGUUUCCACCGAAAAUGAUAUCGCAAUACAUUCCUACAAAAUGUUUCUUUAGUCAAGUGAAACAAUAAAUUCAUAACUAUGAGAGGGUGGGGUGAGUAAAUUCGUGGUAACAAGUCUGAAUAGGCUAAUCGGACAAUAGAGCAAGUUCACCUUGAUGUUGACAAAUACGUAAGAUAUGUAAUGUGAUUCGGCUGUAAUGUGAUAUAUGCAUAUAUGCAGCAUAGAUAAUUAAAAUCUCUAUUCAAGUUAAACUCAGAUAACUCAGAUUUAGAAAG